AUGACGUCGACUCUUGGGUUCAGAGUUCCCUCGCCCGUGAUUGUUCCGCGGGCAGCUGAGACUACUGAGGACUGCUCCGAUCCCAGAGCAUGCGAGAAGCCCGUGAGCACAUCCUCCUUAACUGUGCCUAUUACUCUGGGCGUUUGUAUUCCUCUUGUGGCGGCUAUCGCUAUCCUGGUGUACCUCCACAGGAGAAAUAUUCGGCGGCAACGUCAGGAGGAUCUCAACGAUCCGCACAAGUCUCUUGACUUCGGCCUGGGUCCGUCACAAGACUCGACGAAGAACCUAAUUGACAAGGAGAAAGGAGGGCGCUUUGCUCGGCAACAAAUGUCCAUGGACAUGAACUUGACCAGCCCCUAUCUUCUUCCUCCUGAGGUCCACAACUCGCGCGAGUCACUGAACUCUCUCUCUAAGUCGCUGCACGGCGCCGAGGAUCCCUACCGGCCUGUCACGCAGUAUGCCAACAGCGACGUUGCUUCUCUUCGUUCGCCCUCGCGGGCUCAGGACCCCUUUUCUCCUCGUGCGAGCGUCCGCUCAGAUAUGCCACCUCCUUCUCCGGGUCCAUACGGUUACAACUCACCGCCUCGCAAUAAUGGACCGCGAUCUCCAAUUCACCCCCCGGAGCCGAGCCACGCUAGGAGAGAUUUCCAGCGCCCUGGCGAGUUCUCCCCUCCCCCCAGCGCCCCGCCGACCGGGCCGCUGCCGCCGAUUGGCAUGGCGGUGUCGACGCCUCCAGGCCAGGAUGAGAAGUCACCGAUCCAAGAGCCGCCUGCUGCUGCCCAACGGGAUGUCCUGCCGAGGUUAUCGACCUCUCCCCCUCAGCCCAGCCCCGCUGACUCUGGCGUAGCUGUCGACAAUUCGAACGCCCCCAGCAACCCGUUCGAGAAGCCUGAGGCCCAAGAGGUGGAAACGCCAGUCGACUCCCAUGGCGUGGGUUUGGGUCUCUCCACUGAUCCUGAGAAUGCCCGUGCUUCAAUCCAGACGUCCAUGACGUCCAACAGCGGGCCGUCCAGCCCGAUCUUGCCGCCAAAGUCGGAACCUUCCGUGCCAACAGCGCCGAGGAUCGAGGUGGCUGAUGAUGGCUCCGACCAUGGCGAGGACGGCUCUCGCCAAGCCCGUCGCCGCUCAGAUUCCCCUGGCCCCAGAUUCGAUGACCAGGAUGGUGAAGAGCGGAGAGGUCGGACCAUGCAAAGGACGUCUCAGCUCAUUGAGCAGCAACAGCAGGCGCGGAAGAGCCUGGCUGUCCCGCAACAGGACGGUCGUCGCCUGUCGGUCGGCUACCGCCCUCUGCCCCCAGAUGAAAUUCUCGACUCUGAAGAUCCCGAAUACAGGGCCAACCGUAUUCGCUCCUUCUAUAAGGAGUACUUCGAUGAGACGAAGCCCGAGGACAGGCCGCCAGUUCCUCCCGUUCCCCCUCAGCACCAGCAACGGCACCAGCACCAGCAAAGCAACGCUAGCUACUACGAGGACUACGAUCCGGCGUAUGCACCAGACGCCCCAUACUUCGACCCUACCACCAACAGCUUUGUUAUGCCUUUUGCGCAGCCCGUGUCUCGUCGGGCUAUGACACCUCCCCCGUCUGGCAACAGGUUCCCCGGCCCAAGAGGUCCGCCGCAGCGCCCUCGUGCCGGUUCUCAGGCUGGCAUGCGGCUCCCUCCCAACAUCCGUGGCCCCCCGCGUCCCGGCUCUUCCGUGUCCAACCGCCCGCCGAACAACUCGCGGCCGGGCACAGCCAUGUCAGGUAUGCGCUCCGCCUCUGCCAUGUCCGGAGCGAAGCCCAAGAAGCCCAUGCCACCGCCGGCCGAUCUCCAAACUCUGCCCACUCCGGCCAAGCUCACAGACGACACGUCCAUUCUCAACCCUAUCGACUUCGCGCCCCCGGAGACCUUCGCCGAGCGUGCCCGCGGCCGGUCUCAAAGCCCGCUGGGCGAGCGCCGUCCGUACAAGAUGCCCGUGGCUCACUCGCCGCUGGCCAAUGCCUACGAGGAGCUCCCUGCUCUGCCCAGCCCGCACAUGCUCCGCAAGUCCGGCACGUUCACGGCGCUCGACUUCGCGCCGCCGCGCAAGUUUGCCGACGUCGACAACGCUCGCAGCGAGACCGGCUCCAUCCGCAGCAACCACAGCGGUCUGUCCGCGCUUCAGGCCCAGGCACUGCGUGCCGGCGCAGGCCGCGUCAGCCGUCUUCCCGACGACGAGGUCUUCACGCAAGCGGCCAUGGCCGAGAAGCUUAAGCCUCAAUGGGGCAUCCGUGACUAA